AGCAGAGGAACUCAUGGCUCACACUACAUUCUCCCACCACUGCCUCUUUGCCUUCGAGAGCUUGGGGCAGACAAAGAGGCAAGUCUGUCUGACUCCAGAGGCAUUGAAAUACUGCUAUGGUCCUGCAAUGUGGUGAACUCCAUGCUUUUACCAUGGUGAACAUUGAACAACCUUUAAGCUUUUUAGAUUUUUAAAUUGAAUGCAGUUUUUCUGAUGUAGAGUUGGGUUCUCUCAAACAUGCCAACCUGAACUAAUUCAAGGAAGCUUUUCACUUGAAGAACUUUGAGGUUCCUAGAAGAUGUACAACAGGAGCGUUGGCAUAUCCACUGCAGGAAUGGGCACAGAGAGCAUAACCUGUCGUUACAGUCGGAGCGUGGAGGAGAACGGGGGCCCGGCCAUCAGCGCGAUGAUGUUCGCAGCUGGAGUGCUCGGGAAUCUGGUUGCGUUGGUUCUCCUGGAGUUCCGCAGGAGGAAAGAGAAGAACCGGCAGCGGCAAUCUCUGUUCCAUUUGUUGGUGACCACGUUGGUCAUUACGGAUCUAAUGGGCACCUGCUUGAUCAGUCCCCUUGUGCAGAUUGCAUACUUAACUAAUACCACACUAUUUGGGAUGACCAAUUCUUCUGCGGUGACCGAGUCUUCUGCGGUGUGUCAGUAUUUUGGAUUUGCAAUGACUUUCUUCAGUCUGGCGACACAUUCCAUCCUCCUCGCCAUGGCACUGGAGAGGAGCAUCUCCAUCGGGUACCCGUACCACUAUGGGAGGCACGUCACCAAGCGCUGUGGAUACAUCACCAUCCCUUGCAUUUAUCUAGUCUGCUUUCUAUUCUGCAUGAUGCCGUUUGCAGGCUUCGGGGAAUAUGUGCAAUACUGUCCAGGGACGUGGUGUUUUAUUGACAUGAAUCCAGAGAAGCCUAAGCACCAGGCUUAUGCCAACGUUUAUGCCACCGUGUUGCUGCUUAUUGUUGUAGUCAUAGUGGCAUGCAACUGUUUUGUAGUUUAUCAUCUGGUGUUGAUGUACCGGAGGCGCAAAAUGAACCGAGGGUCGGUGCAGACCCGGAGUAAAAGAGACAGGAGGCACUUCUCAUGGGCAGAGGAGGUGGAACAUCUCAUUCUUCUGGUCUUCAUGACAGUCAUAUUUGUCAUUUGUUCCCUGCCAUUAAUGAUCCGUGUGUACAUCAACUCCAUGGAAAAGCCUGUAAAAAACAAGACUGAUCUAAUAGCUCUGCGGUUCCUCUCGGUCAACUCCAUCAUUGACCCGUGGGUGUUCAUCAUCCUCAGCCCCUCGGUUCUGCGCUUCCUCUGGGGGGGGCUGUGUAAGACCACCUUAAUGCCCUCCAGGAACUCCCUGUUCAAAACGUCCAUUUCCAAGAACCCAGGAGGCCAAAUCGAGCUGUACCAACCCAGUUCCACCUGUGUGGAGACCACACACCUCAACAAGUCUGUUCAGAUGAUCUGAAGUCAUGAGGACAAUGACGAUGGACUGGAUGAU